UAUAGUUCAGAAAACUGUGCUCUUUCUCCACCAACAAAACGACGUAGUUUUCCGUUCACCUGAACAACCGUCUAGGUCGGUGUUUGCUUUGACCCACGUAAUCUCGUCCAGAAAACGCGAUCCCGCACCCUCCACCAACGAGACGACGCAGUUCUCCGUUCACGUGAAAAUCCGUCACAGACGCUUUGAUUCGACCGAAUCUAUUUGUGGAACACUUUAUUAUACCUGGAGAAAAGAAAAAAUGGGGUUCAGCCUUUCAAAGCUCGCGAUGAUUAUAUUGUUAAUAUUUCUCAGCUUCUCUGUAGCAUACUCAUCUACUGCAAUGCACACUAAUAAUUGGGCUGUUUUGGUCUGCACUUCUCGCUUUUGGUUUAACUAUCGGCAUAUGGCCAAUACUCUGUCCUUGUAUAGAACAGUUAAGCGACUAGGAAUACCCGAUGAGAGGAUUAUACUCAUGCUAGCAGAUGACAUGGCAUGUAAUGCAAGAAACAAGUACCCUGCCCAGGUUUUUAAUAAUGAAAACCAUAGACUUAAUCUGUAUGGGGAUAAUGUGGAGGUAGACUAUCGUGGCUAUGAAGUGACAGUGGAAAACUUCUUACGGGUACUUACAGGACGUCAUGAGACUGCUGUUCCGAGGUCUAAGCGACUUCUUAGUGACGAAGGAAGUCAUAUUCUUCUGUAUAUGACAGGGCAUGGAGGUGAUGAGUUUUUGAAGUUUCAGGACUCAGAAGAGCUUCAAAGUCAUGAUUUAGCUGAUGCUGUGAAGCAAAUGAAAGAGAAACGCAGGUUCAAGGAGCUUCUGAUAAUGGUGGACACCUGCCAAGCCUCUACUCUGUUCUCCCAGCUUCAUUCACCAGGUGUUUUGGCAAUUGGAAGUAGUAUGAAAGGAGAAAAUUCAUAUUCGCAUCAUUUGGACUCAGAUAUUGGUGUUUCAGUCGUUGAUCGUUUUACAUUUUACACCCUUGCUUUCUUUGAGAGGCUGAAUAUGUAUGACAAUGCUUCGUUAAGCAGUCUUUUCAAGUCAUUUAAUCCAAAUUUGUUGAUGUCAACUGCGUAUUAUAGAAUGGAUCUAUACCAACGCCAUUUAGAGGAGGUCCCUGUGACAAACUUCUUUGGUUCUGUAAUGAAAACUAUACAUACAGAUUCAGCCUAUAGAUCCCUGUCUAAUAAAAAAAUUGGGACAGAUAAAACGAGAAUCUCUUUGGAACAAUCAAUCUCUGACAAUGACAGAAUGAUUUUUAUAAACUCAGAUGCGGAGGAUCAAUAUAAUAAUUUAACUGCGGAGGAACAUUUCCGAGAUGAAGUUAGACAAAUAUGGAGAUCUAUUCUUGGCAAUACUUCUGAAAGCAUCGACACUUUUGUGUGCUAUGGAUUGAUUUUAAUGCUUCCUUUAUUGAUAUUUUCCACGUGGUUGUCAAAGUAAAUGAUUGCAGCAAUGUUCUUGAAGUUCGUUUGCAAAGUGGAGAUACUAUAUGUCACUAGUGCUUGAAUUGUAGUCUCACUUGAAGAAGAUAUUCUGGGGACUGUAUAUAGUAAGGGGGCGCAGACUACAGAGAGAGAAGCUUUGCCUAUCAGCUGUGUUAUUCGGUUAGCCAUUGCUUUUUGCCUUGGUGUUGUGAUGUUGUUGUCAUGUUUAGCCAUGUUUAACUUUUUAUGAUUGUAGACUGUAAAAUUUUGUAAAACCUUGCACUAGUUUGUGUCCAACAUUAGAAUAUGGCUCUUUUGAAUAACUCGGAAAUAAAAAAUGCUUGACAUAUAUAUAUAUAUAUAUAUAAACCUUUUCUUCAA